CGAAACUGGAUUACGGUUUCACGCUCACUGGCCACGCAAAUCUUGAUGCACACACACGCGCACGCAUCUUGAAGACCGAACUUAGCAAGGCGAAAGAGGGUUUUGAGACUGAACUGCCUCUUUGCUGUUGUCUUAUCCUCGCAGUGUCCAUAUGUUGUCGUGAAUAAGCCACUUUUUGUUGCGCAUUGGUGCAUCGAGCGCCCGUUUCUGCCUCCUCGUUUCCGCCACGUCCCGCGCCGCGUUCGCCGCUUGCACCAGGCGCAGAAGAUCACAAGCUGGACAAACACCGGCUAGUUCUUUGAUAAUUGGCGGAGACUUGGGGAAUUGAGCAGCCAUGGUUGGAAUGGAACAGCUGGAAGUGCACAGCAGGUCAUACCUCAUUCGCUGGAUCAACGUCCAAGCAGGGAACACCAUCUCAUGGAGCAUCCAACCGCACAAGAAAUCCCUCAAUUUCGGCGUCUUCAAGCACCCUGGCGGCAACAGCGUCGGUCUCCCAACCACCCCGCAAAUCCCCCAGACCCCAGGUAUCGACAUAUCUCUAGAGAGCGACGAAGGCAAUGGAAAGCCUUCCAAGCGAGGCUCCAAAAAGGAGGACGUCACCGUGGUUGAGAAGCUGGAGAAGCUAGGCAUGAAGUCGGUCGCAUGGAUGGGCAGAUGUGAGGCCGAGAAGGUCACCAUGGGCAGUUAUGACGUGCUCGAGGGCGAUGGCGGCAUGUACGGCCUGGUCUUCGACAACACAUUCUCCAAGCAGCUGUCAAAGACGGUGACCUUUGUGCUUAUGACGUAUCCGACCGGCGCACCGCCUGUGUCCGGACAUCAUCUACAUUACUCGCAAGCCAAUGGCUCCCAGAGCACGCAACCUAGCCCUUCGCUAGGCCCGGAGAUUCCUGCCACCACUCCUCCAUCCGAGGGAAACCUGUCCAAAGUCUCUUCCAGCGUCAUCAACGAUCCGCGGCCUCGCUCGGCGCACGGGACCGAGAUUAAGACCUCUCUUGGCUCGUCGGCGUUUUAUACCGGCGUUCUUCACAAACAACGACGCAAGCAUCACACAUACGCAAAGCGCUUUUUCUCUCUCGAUUUCACGUCAUCUACUCUAUCAUACUAUCGUAACCGUAACUCCUCCGCCCUGCGUGGUUCCAUCCCACUUUCGCUUGCCGUCAUCAGCACGGACGAGAAGACACGGCAGAUCUCCGUGGAUUCAGGCGCUGAGAUAUGGCAUCUGCGCGCUGGCAACCAGAAGGAUUUCCUUGGCUGGAGAGACGCGCUGUCUCGUGCAUCGCAUGGUGCAGAUAUGAAAGUACCAAAAGCCCCCAUCUCGGUCCAAAGCUCGCGUACCGCCUCGCAGGCCGUCUCAGACCCAGCGGAGGCGCGGGACUGGGCGCGUGCAGAGGCUCUAGUCGGCCGAGUCUCCGGCAUACGUGAUGCUGUGCGCAGGCUUGCCCAGGAUUGCGAUCCGAAGUACCAACCUUCAUCCUCCGGACUGGGCAUCAACAGCUUGAGCGUACCCAGUCCGGCCGAUUCCGGCAACUUCGACUACUUUACACCAGAUGAAGCUUCGGCGUCAGGCCAGCAGAAACUUCCCUUCUGGAAGCGUAAGUCGAGCAGUAACAACGUCAGCCCUGGGGCUGUUUUCAGGCGCAGUUUCUCUGCACAGCUAGCCGUCCCCAUGGCCGGAAAUGUUCCCACGCAAGCACAACCCGCAAGACAGCACAGCCACCCAUACUCUAUGCGUGAACCCGAUGACGAAGGGGUGCACGAACACUGCGUGGCCAUUAUGCGGGAUUUGGACCAGGUCGUUUCCGAGUUCUCACAGCUCAUCUCCGAGUCAAAACAGCGACGUCUCCCACCCAUAUCUCCACUCAGUCGAAGAGGCAGCGUAGGCUCCGUGUCCGACGACGAAUUCUUCGAUGCCGAAGAUUCGGCAGGAAGCCAUUCAGGUAUGCUGAAGAUUACGCACGACAGCGAUUUCGAGGGCGAGACAGAACGCGAGAGUGUGUCGGAUAGUGACAGUGACUCCGGCUCCGAAGCUGAUUUCGAAGCGGUGGGGAGUUUUACACGCAAGCCACGUGAAGGCCAUGCCUCCUUAUUCCCUCCAAAGCCGAAGUCACUCAGCCCAUUGCCACUCAGCGCCGUUCCGCGCCGCAAAACAGUGCCGCCGCCGAAAGUACCACCCCCGUCUCUGAUCAGCUUCCUACGCAAGAAUGUGGGCAAAGACCUUUCUACCAUAGCUAUGCCUGUCUCUGCCAACGAGCCAACCUCCCUCCUUCAGCGCGUAGCCGAACAGAUGGAAUACAGUGAGCUUCUUGACGCGGCAGCAAACACCAAUGACGCAACCAUGCGCAUCCUCAACAUCGCCGCGUUCGCUGUCUCUUCAUUCUCUUCCUCGCGAGUUAAGGAUCGAGCUAUUCGCAAACCAUUCAAUCCCAUGUUAGGCGAGACGUUUGAACUCGUACGUGAGGACAAGGGGUACCGUUUUAUUGCCGAGAAGAUCUCACAUCGACCUGUUCGGAUGGCUUGCCAAGCAGAAGCUGAAGAUUGGACCUUCCUUCAGGCCCCGAUGCCGGUGCAGAAGUUCUGGGGCAAGUCUGCCGAACUCAAUACUGAGGGCCGCGUGAGAGUGUUUCUGCACACAGUGGGUGAGGCAUACUCUUGGACGCUGGCAACAUCCUUCUUGCGCAACGUCAUUGCGGGCGAGAAGUAUGUCGAACCAGUGAGCACCAUGACUGUGAUCUGCGAGACAACUGGUAUGAAGGCGAUUGCGACAUUCAAAGCGGGAGGUAUGUUUGCGGGCCGUAGCGAGGAGGUCACUGUACAGGCCUUCGACGGGAGCGGACAGCAGCUGCCACAUGGUUUAGGGGGCAAGUGGACAUCUCAUCUCAACGUUUCUGACAAUAGCAUGGAUACUGGCAAGACGCUUUGGAAAGUUGGUCCUCUUGUUGAGGAUGCCGCUAAGCGGUACGGAUUUACAGUUUUUGCAGCAGCGCUGAACCAGAUCACGGCCAUAGAAGAAGGUUUCAUUCCUCCAACAGAUUCCAGACUACGUCCAGACCAACGUGCCCUCGAAGAUGGUGACGUGGAUCGUGCGGAAGCACUCAAGGCGCGAUUGGAGGAAAGGCAGAGAGGCAGACGCAGAGUGAUGGAGGAACACGGAGAACAAUGGGCACCGAAAUGGUUCUACAAGGCCGGCGUUGAGGGCGACGAAGAGAUUUGGCGACUCAAGAGUGGAAAGGACAACUAUUGGGAGGCUAGAUCUAGAAAGGACUGGACGGGAGUGAUUGACGUGCUAGAGGCAUAGAUUUUGUCGGGUCGCUUGUCCCAGCCUCCUAAAAGGCCGACAAAGUUUGCUGUUUAUGUUCUUCAGCGCCUUGAUUCAGUAUUUAGCAUGGAAGUAAAUAUAUCCACGCACGACACUUCAA